AUGCUAUUUUGUUUAAUGAAAUUUUUAUUAGGUGAUCAAAUAUAUUAUGAAUGGUUAAGUGAUGGAGUUUUACCAUCAGAAAUGCAAAAUCAUACAAUUAUUAUUAAAUCAAUUGAACAAUCAUUUUUAUCUGGUUCAAAAAUUUAUAUAAAAAAUUGUAAUACACUAGAUAGUCUUCUUUAUCCAUUAGCACAAUGGAAAGCAACAUCACAAGAAUCAAACUUAAAUGAUGAUUCAAAUUUAAUAAUUUAUUGUGGUCGUCGUUUCUAUUGUAAUCCAUCAUUUCGUUUUUAUUUUCAUACAACUUGUGAUUCACUGGAUAAAGUCUCAUCAUCAUUAUCAUUAUUAACAACAUCUAUUAAUUGUCAAUAUAGUGUUGAAACAUUAUUAGAUGAUUUACGACAACAAAUUUU